CAUCGAAAGAAGUUAUUUUUUUUAUUUCUUAAAACUAAAAACACAAAUUGAGGAACAGGAAACUAUUUAACUCUUUUUCUGAUAUUUUCGAUGUAUGGUCAAUUUCGCCUCGUCAAACUGACCACACAAGCAUUCGCUUCUAUUUCGCAAAGCAUCCGUCGAGGCAGCCGCAUGGCGCCGAGUCCAAUCCGAACGCGGGAUGUCUCUCCGGAGGCGAUCGCCCAGCUGGGAAAAGCUCCAAGGAUGCGCCAGAAUCCAGCGUUCCGAAUGGUAGACACACCCGAGUUCAGGAGCAUAUUCACGCCCGAACUGGAGGCGCUGGUGGAUCUGUUUAAGAAGUACAACUAUGAACUGCGGAUCGCUGGCGGCGCUGUUCGUGACAUUCUGAUGAGUAUUCCGCCAAAGGACAUUGACUUUGCCACGACUGCGACUCCGGACCAGAUGAAGGCUAUGUUCGAAAAGGAGGAGGUACGGAUGAUCAACGCUAACGGCGAAAAGCACGGAACCAUUACGCCCCGGAUCCAUGACAAGGAGAACUUUGAGGUGACAACGCUGCGCAUUGAUGUCCGCACUGAUGGUCGGCACGCGGAUGUUGUGUACACCACCGACUGGCAACUGGACGCAAACCGUCGCGAUCUGACCAUCAACUCCAUGUUCCUCGGCUUCGAUGGAACCGUGUACGACUACUUCUUUGGGUACGACGAUCUGCAGGAGCGUCGUGUGAUAUUCGUUGGCGAGGCAGACAUUCGCAUAAAGGAAGAUUACUUGCGUAUUUUGCGUUACUUUCGUUUUUACGGCCGCAUAGCCAAGGAUGCGAAGAACCACGAUGAGGCCACACUGGCAGCUAUAAAAGAGAAUGCCGAAGGUCUGGCCAGGAUUAGCGGCGAGCGCAUUUGGAUGGAGCUUAAAAAGAUAGUUGUGGGAAAUUUUGGAUCCGAGUUACUUCUGGAGAUGCAUCGUUGCAAGCUCUUCGAGCACAUUGGUUUGCCUGCAAAUCCCAAUUUGGAGGAGUUCAACCGUCUGUGCGGCGUCCUGGAGCAGUUUGAGAAGCCGCACUAUCCUAUUUUGUACAUAUCUGGACUGCUACACUCUGUAGAGGAUGCCAUGGAGUUGCACAAGCGUUUGAAGCUCUCUGCCUAUGAACGGGAUCUGGCCCGUUUUAUUUUCCAGCAGCGGGAAAAGGUCGAUACGGAAUACACAGCCCUACGUGAUUACCAGAAGCUGUGCCUCCAACAGUACGUCAAUCGUGAUUACGUCGAGCAGCUGUUAAAGUAUUCUAAUAAAGUGGACCUCUAUAAUCAGCUCAAGGCCUGGGUUAAGCCGGACUUUCCCAUUAGGGGCAAUGUUUUGAAUGGCCAUGGGCUUAAGGGUAUACGACUUGGAUUCGUUUUAAACGAACUAAAGACACUUUGGGCAGACAGCGACUUCAAACUUACCGCAGAAGAGUUGCUAAGGCAGCUGCCAGACAUCUUGGAGAAGGUUCCAAGCUCGCCCAAUAAAAAUAAACGUUCGACUUGACAAUAAGUAUACCCAAUCUCA